CCCCUGGCAGCGGCGCGGCGCCUGGGCUGCGCUCAGCCUCCCUGGUCUUCAGAUUUUAGCCUCUGCAGUGAUUAAGACGGCGUGUCCAGCGGGAAGGAGUCCCGAUCCGGGUCUGUUCUGGACCGAAACUCGGUCCCGCGGGGCUCGUUAAGGAGAUCGGAUCUGGACACGGGAGGAGAAACUUCGUCCAGCUGGGAAAAUCCUGCAUCCCAGGAAGAGCUGCCGCCCGCGGCUGGGGCGACGGGCGGAUCUCCCACCGUGGGUGUUGUGUCUGGGGCUGCUGACCCGCUCGGACUGUCCGCGGGGCCGGGCUGGUGUGUGGUUCUCAGCAGCGGGUCGCGGUGCUGCGUGUCACGUCUUCUUGUUGUUGUCAGGAGUUCAGCUAAAGCUAGCUUAGCCCCGCGGGGAGCUCCACCAAGCCUCGCUUCUGUUUGGCUCUUGGCUUUCUGGGGGUCUCAGCUUUGUGCACCAGUGACCACCUGCAGUGCAGCUUUUCCUGGGAUUGUGGUUUUGCACCCGUUGUUUCUUCCCUCUCCCUCUUUCCCUCUCUUUCUUUCCCUUAUGCCAAAAAUACCUUUGUCAAGUGAUCCUCUAAUCCGGGCCUGCUUGUUGGGUUCUCACUUCUGCUGGAUUGCCCUGCAGCUCUGAAGCUGUCCAGCAGAAAUCAGACCACUUUCGGGCUGGAAAGGGUCCAUGCGUUUGGACCUUUGGGCUCAAAGUGAGAAGAACCUCCUAGAAAGUCAUGCAUCUGUGAUGUGAUGGUGAAGUAGGUCCUGGCUGGUGUGGGAAAAGCUUCUCAAGCUUCUCAACCUUCUCAGCCUUCCCAGCCUCUAUUCUCUGCUCUUGGUGCUCCAUGGAGGUUCUAACGUGAAGCUGCGAGAAUCUCGACUCCCCACCCCCCAACCCCACUUCCCACCCAAAAAAGAACCAUCAACACGCAUCUGGUGCGUUCCAGAGGUUCCAGAGCCAGUGGUGCCCCCCCGCCGUGUAACCCAUUGACCACAGUAUGGAGGCCGGUGGUUCUCAGAGAGCUUCUCCUCUGGCCCGCGAGCUCACGCGAGUGUUUGUGAACUAUAAUAAGCAUGCGGUUCUUCUGAGGAGGAACCUGAAGGAGACGGAGGGCUUCUUCAGAGAAAUGAGGCACAACUACAGCAACGCACGAGCCUCAGCGUCCACUACAGCAGCACUGGAAGCAGGUCCGCUUAGCUGCAUCUCUUUCCCACGACAUGAGGAGGAGUACCUGCACAGCAUUGUGGGGAGUGUCCCCUACAUCCUGCUCCUUGGACAGGACUGCCCCGCCCGUUACCAGCUCCUGAACUGUCUGUUGGGUGAGAGGCUCCUCCCCCUUGGCUCGGAUCUGGGCGGGGCCUGUGGGUCGGGGGGCGGGGCCUGUAAGAGGAGGAAGCUGUGUUUCACGCAUGGUCGGCAGACGCGGCUCAGCCUGGCGCUGCCCGGGCAGUACGAGCUCGUCCACCAGCUGGCAGCACACCGCGGCCGCUGGGACACGGUUCCUCGACAGGACCUGGAGAUCCAGGAGGAGUGCGAGGAUCCUGCGCACCGACUGGCCGAGCUGGAGAUCACGCUGCACCACCCGCUGCUGCAGGAGGCUAAGAUCAUGGUGGUUCCGUGUGCUGGGGUGCAGCCCAUAGAGGACGUUUUGGAGGACUGCACGCGGAACACCCUUCCCAUAAUCCUGUACGCCGUCAGUCAGGAUUCCGUUACCCCUGAGCAGGUGGCUGCUCUUGAGAAGGUCCACAAGGUCCUUCCAUACCCAGUUUGUUUCGUCCGGGUGCCCGGUGCUUCCCCGGCAGGGGAUUCUGGGUCUCCGGACCGCGGGUCACUCCAAAAACAGCUCGCCUCUCUGGGCCUCCUGUCCAGUGUCGCAGGCAAUUGCUCCUGCGGCGCUCCGUCACAGACACAUGGGGCAGCCGGGAAACAGCAGAGCGUUCUAGGAGAAAACAUGGAGCGCCUCCAUCGCCUGCUGGUCCCUUUUGCCCGGCAAGUCCUCACUAGCCAACAGGUGGAAGCCGCAAAUCGCCUCAAUGCCCUGCAUUGCCGCUGCCUCGACCUUUUCAUCAACCAGGCGUUUGACAUGCAGAGGGACCUGCAGAUAACUCCUCGGAGGCUGGAGUACACGCGGGAGAAGGAGAGCGAGCUUUUCGCCUCCCUCAUGGCCAUCGCUAACCGGAAGCAGGAGGAAAUGAAGGAGAUGAUCGUGGAGACGCUGAGCACCAUGAAGGAGCAGCUCCUGGAGGACGCCGCCAACCUGGAGUUCACAGAUAUUAUAGUGACCCCUAAUGGAGAGCCGGUCACCACAAAGGAAAUAAAGUCCUGCAUCCAGCAGAUCCAGGAGCUGAUCGUGGUUCGGCUGAAUCAGGCUGUGGCCAAUAAGCUCAUCAGCUCGGUGGACUAUCUGAGGGAGAGCUUCGUCGGGACGCUCGAGAGAUGCCUCAGCAGUCUGGAGAAAUCUAACAUGGAGUCGUCCGUCCAUAACGUCACAUCCAACCACCUCAAACAGAUCCUGAACGCUGCGUACCACGUGGAGGUGACAUUCCACUCCGGAUCUUCUGUUACGCGCCUGGUCUGGGAGCAGAUCAAACAGAUCAUCCAGAGGCUGACGUGGGUCAAUCCUCCAGCUAUAACUCCAGAAUGGAAGAGGAAAGUGGCUCAAGAUGCCAUUGAGAGUCUGAGUGCAGCUAAGCUGGCCAAAAGCAUCUGCUCACAGUUCCGCACGCGCCUCAACAGCUCCCACGAUGCUUUCGCUGCAUCUCUACGACAGUUGGAGGAGGGUCAUACAGGACGUUUGGAGCGGACGGAGGAUCUGUGGCUGCGGGUGAGGAAAGAUCACGCACCACGACUUGCACGACUAUCACUAGAGAGCAGAUCACUCAGAGAUGUCCUGCUGUACGGGAAGCCGAAGCUGGGCCGUGAGCUGGGCCGGGGGCAGUAUGGAGUGGUGUAUUUGUGCGAUACCUGGGGGGGGCACUACCCCUGCGCUCUGAAAUCAGUGGUUCCUCCUGACGAUAAACACUGGAACGACCUGGCACUGGAGUUCCACUACACACGGUCUCUCCCGAAACACGAGCGGCUGGUGGAUCUUCACGGAUCUGUUAUUGAUCACACGUACGGUGGAGGGUCCAGCAUAGCAGUGCUGCUGAUCAUGGAGAGACUGCAUAGAGACCUGUACACCGGCUUGAAGGCUGGUCUUUCUCUGAAGGAGCGUCUGCAGAUCGCUCUGGACGUGGUGGAGGGGAUCCGUUUCCUGCACAGUCAGGGUCUUCUGCACCGCGACAUCAAACUGAAAAACGUCCUGCUGGAUAAACAGAACCGGGCGAAGAUCACUGACCUGGGCUUCUGUAAACCUGAGGCCAUGAUGUCCGGCAGCAUCGUAGGAACACCGAUACACAUGGCGCCGGAGCUGUUCACAGGGAAGUAUGAUAACUCCGUAGACGUGUACGCGUUUGGGAUCCUGUUCUGGUAUCUCUGUAGUGGAUCUGUUAAACUGCCUGAAGCCUUCGAAAAAUGUUCCAGCAAAGACCAGCUGUGGACCAACGUCAAGAAAGGUUCUCGGCCUGAGCGUUUGCCCAUUUUCGAUGAAGAGUGCUGGCAGCUGAUGGAGGCCUGCUGGAAUGGGGAUCCUUCCCAGAGGCCUUUGCUGGGGAUCGUCCAGCCCAGCCUGCAAAGCAUCAUGGUCCGGCUGUGUGACGGCUCAGACCGAAAGAGCGCCAGCCUCGAGGACUCAAACUAACACACACUCCAGCAAACAUACUCUGACACACUCCUAUAGGAACACGAUCAAAAGACUCUGAUGACGAUGAAGAAGAAGCAGCGCGUUGUGUUUUUGUGUUUGGGCGUCGAGUCUAAAAG